UUACAUUUCAAUUACCUUGCAUUCGCCGUGACGCCGUCUUGCUUGUUGACAUUGGGCCCUUCGUUAUACUAUCUUCAACAAACACAUAGUUUCUCGUAGUUGGUUCAUCAGGUGUGACGAUGAGUUUGUGGGUAGACAAAUACCGUCCUAAGGAAUUAGACAAACUAGAUUACCACAAGGAUCAAGCGGCACAUCUGAAGAAACUGGUUGAAUGUGGUGACUUUCCUCACUUACUUGUGUAUGGCCCUUCUGGUGCUGGCAAGAAGACACGCAUCAUGGCACUGCUGCGUGAACUUUAUGGGUCGGGAGUGGAAAAACUUCGUGUUGAACAUGAAAAUUUUGUUACUCUGUCAAAAAAAAAGUUAGAAAUAGUUACCAUUGCAAGUAACUACCAUAUUGAAGUAAAUCCCAGUGAUGUCGGUAUUCAUGACCGAGUUGUAAUCCAAGAGCUUAUUAAAAACAUUGCAUCUUCCCAGCAAUUGGAUAUGGGUAAUCAGCGAGAAUUUAAAGUUAUUAUCUUAUCAGAAGUUGAUAAAUUGACUAAGGAUGCACAGCAUGCCUUGCGCCGAACCAUGGAGAAGUAUGUAGCAACUUGCCGCCUUAUCUUAUGUGCUAAUUCAAGUUCUAAAGUCAUACCAGCUAUACGAAGCAGAUGCUUUGGAAUUAGAGUAGCUGCUCCUUCUGUUGAUGAAAUUGCGCAUGUUUUGCAGGUUAUAUGCAAGAAGGAAAGUGUGUCAUUACCUCCAGAAUUAGCUAAGAGAAUUGCUGAAAAAUCAAAUCGUAAUUUGAGGAGGGCAAUUCUUAUGUGUGAAGCCUGCAGAGUCCAGCAGUAUCCUUUAACAGCACAGCAGAAAGUUUGCACUCCUGAUUGGGAAAGUUUUCUGCAAGAAACUGCUGCAAAAAUUGUAGAUGAGCAAAGUCCCAAUCGUUUACUUGAAGUCCGCGGUAGAAUAUAUGAACUUCUAACUCACUGCAUACCUCCAGAUGUAAUAUUCAAGGGAUUACUAAAGGAACUUGUACGUAACUGUGAUGGUGAACUGAAAUGUGAGGUAACAAGACUUGCUGCUUUUCAUGAGUAUCGCCUGGGCCAAGGAAGCAAAGCAAUCUAUCAUAUUGAGGCAUUUAUUGCUGCUUUUAUGGCUAUAUACAAGAAGUUCCUAGAGGAAAGUAUGUCUUCCAUGUUUUAAUUAAGGAAAACACAACCAGUCUCUUGAAGCUGUAUUUAGCUGUCUAAUACAAACUAAGACACACCAAUAGAUUUUAAUGUCUUUUUCAUUCUAGAAUUGUCUGAAUUAUGAUAAAGUGAAAAGUUUUGAUUUAUACACUGUACUAAACU